AUGCAGCUGACCCCGCGGACACGUCGCCCUUCAGUCCAUAGAGUUGCACAAUCACCACGAAUAGACAUCGAGAGGUUGGAGGAAGGCAACAACUCCAGCCGGGAAUGGUCAACAGCACCCGCUCCCUUUGCGUCGCUGCAUCCGGAGCAUCUCGUGGGACACGUGGCGAGUGUUUGCGCUCUCGUAGCACACGACGACCGCUUUAUUGUGUCGUGUUCAGUGGACGGCUCAGUCAAAGUAUGGUCGCAGGUUACGCUCGAGUGUCUUCAAACGAUCUACGGCCACGGUGACGUAGUGUCGUGUCUUGAUCUCAACGGGCGUUGGCUGGUCUCGGGGUCACACGAUAACACCUUGCGACUCUAUGACUGCACUACCAGUUCUUUCCGCCUUCUGUAUAUUCUUACGGGUCAUUCUGGUCAUGUAACACAAGUACGAUUGUUAUCAUCACUUCCAAACUGUAUACUCAGCUGCUCCGAUGAUAAUGCAUUGCGACUGUGGAAUGCUGAGCUGGGUCAGUUACUGUACGAAUUGCGAGCUCACCACUCCCGAGUCACCUGCGUUGACGUCCAGCCAAGCCAUAUCUGCUCCGGCGCUGCAGAUGGAUCGGUGUGCUUCUGGGAUGUUAGUUCUCUCAGGUUAAGUCUGACGCCUUUGUCAGAUCUGCCGUGUACCGGCAUCUACUACGUUCACAAAUCCACUGUCCAAUGCAUUAUUGACAUGGGCAGCAGUAGAACUACCGUAAAUUCAGAGCUGUGCUCGGUGGUAGUCACUGGAUCCAAUGACGGCACCAUCCAGCUCUUUAGCGCAACGAGUUUUGAGCAUCUGGGACGCCUCGAUCAUGCUGGCUCGCCAAUAUACGCGGCAGUGUCGCUUUCAAACGAUCGAUUACUGUGUUCGACGAAGGAUGGACGUUUGCUUCUUUAUGGGAAUGUAUUACGCUCCAAACACAGGAAGCCACCAGCUGUCCUGCAGCUAACCGCACAGUGGAUCUCGUCUCUUCAAGUAUGUGGCGAUCUGGUGGCUUGCAGCUCCGAGGAGGUUUUGUAUAUUGUCGACGCUUCUCGGUUGUGCAUAACACUUGCCUUCGAAACGCAGCAUUCCUUCAUCACAUGUACGCGUUGGAUCCACAAACACGCACUGAUCACUGCUGGGCAAGACAAUGUCAUUAAACUAUGGCACAUCACCUGA